AUGAAAUUUGCGAUAAAUAAAUUCGUCAUCUCUCUCUCUCUCUGUCUGUUCUUUAUUUUCUCUUUUAUAUCUAUCUAUAUGAAUAUCUAUCUAUCUAUCUAUAAAAUCUAUCCUUUCUCAUUCUAUAUCUCCCGUCCAUCUCUAUCUCUCUUACCCUCUCUCUUUAUCACUCUCUAUAUCUAUCUAGCUAUCUAUCUAUCUAUCUAUCUCUCUGAGAUCUUUUACAUUAUCUAUCUAUCUAUCUAUCUAUCUAUCUAUCUAUCUACCUAUCUAUCUAUCUAUCUCAGUCUGUUCUUAGCUAUCUGUCUCAGUCUGUUCGUAUCUAUCUAUCUAUCUAUCUAUCUAUCUCAGGGUAAUCUCUUAAUUAUCUAUCUAUCUAUCUAUCUAUCUAUCUAUCUAUCUAUCUAUCUAUCUAAAAUCUCAGCGUGUUCAUAUCUAUCUAUCUAUCUAUCUAUCUAUCUCAGCGUGUUCAUAUCUAUCUAUCUAUCUAUCUAUCUUAGCGUGUUCAUAUCUAUCUAUCUAUCUAUCUAUCUCAUCCGUGUUCAUAUCUAUCUAUCUAUCUAUCUCAUCGUGUUCAUAUCUAUCUAUCUUAGCGUGUUCAUUAUCUAUCUAUCUAUCUAUCUAUCUAUCUAUCUAUCUCAGCGUGUUCAUAUCUAUCUAUCUACCUAUCUAUCUCACUCUGUUCAUACCUAUUUAUCUAUGCGUAUCAGCAUCUAUCUAUCUAUCUAUCUAUCUAUCUAUCUCAGCGUGUUCAUAUCUAUCUAUGCGUAUCUGCAUCUAUCUAUCUAUCUAUCUAAAUAUUUUUUUAAUUAUUCAUAUUUAUCUCUAUCACUUCACAUCUAUCUAUCUAUCUAUCUAUAUAUCUAUCUAUCUAUCUAUCUAUCUAUCUAUUUAAAAUCUCUAUCCUAUCGCAUCUAUCUAUCUAUCUAUCUAAUUUCAGUCUGUUCAUAUCUAUCUAUCUAUCUAUCUAUCUAUCUAUCUGAUUUGUUUAAUAUCUAUCCCAAUUUUUCCAUUAUAUAUCUAUCACUUGCUGUUCAUUAUCUAUCUAUCUAUCUAUCUAUCUAUCUAUCUAUUGCAGUGUUCAUAUCUAUCUAUCUUUCUAUCUAUCUACCUAUCUAUCUAUCUAUCUACCUCAGUUUAUUUAUUAUCUAUCUCUCUCUAUCUAUCAGUUUCUUUAUUAUCUAUCUAUAUAUCUAUCACUGGCUGUUCAUUAUCUGUCUCUCUAUUCACGAAAAUGGGAGCGAGAACGAUGGCGAGACUUCACAAAAUGGAAAAGAAAUGGCGCCUGGAACCAAGAUUUUAUAUUACUCUCCCUCUCGCUUCUCUCCCUACCAUCCUCCUUCCCUCCCUCUCUCUAUCUCUAUAUUUCUCUCGUUUUCUCUCUGUCUCUCUCUCUUUCUAUAUCUAUCUAUCUACAUAUCUAUUUGUCUAUCUGUCUCAAAGUAUGUAAAUGAUCUUUCUUUACCUCAAUCAUUAAUCUUUUUUCUUUUUUUUGAUCAUUACUCUCCUUUCUUUUCUUUGAUCAUUACUCUCCUUUCUUUCCUUUAA